AUGGCAGUGCAAGCGGGGGCGGAGGUUCGGCGACAAGUGCUUCUUCGUCAGUGGCAGAACAGAACAUCAGGCGUUACCGAACGGCGUUCACACGCGAACAGCUGGCGCGACUGGAAAAGGAGUUCUAUAAGGAGAACUACGUGUCGCGGCCCCGAAGGUGCGAACUCGCAUCUCAGCUCAAUUUGCCGGAGUCCACAAUCAAGGUUUGGUUCCAGAACCGGCGCAUGAAGGACAAGCGCCAGCGAAUGGCGAUGGCUUGGCCCUACGCAGUGUACACGGACCCAGCCUUUGCGGCAAGCAUACUGCAAGCAGCCGCGGCCAGUGCGGGGGCACUCCCCGGCAUCGCGGCGGCAGCGGCGGCCGCGGCGUACAGCAGCCCCUACUCGUACUACCACCCUCAUCAAAUUUCACGUUACAACUCUUACCCGCCCCCCCUUCCGCCCUCGCCGCUCCAUCGGCCUCAGCCUUACCUGACCCACCAACAGUCCUCCCCGCCACCCCUCCUCCCGCCGCAGAACACAUCAGCACCAUCUCUUGGCGUAAACUUGCCGAGCAUCAAUUCGACAAUGCCGGCGCACUUCUCCCUGCGCACGGCCAGCCCCGCCCACUCUCCGCGCUCAGACAACAGCAGCCCCACGCUCAGCCCCCCGACAACUAACAACAAUGAAGACAACUGUGAUGGUUCUCCAAGCUGUCGGUGCGGCAUUGUCAACUGCGUGGCAGGCGGAGGCAAGAACACCGACUUCAGCACCACUGCGCCACCCGCCUCUCUCAUCAUGACGACGGCGCUUAGGAACCCACACGCCGAGCGCCCCAAACUCUUCCAACCCUACAUGUCGGACCUUACUGAACGCGCCGGCAUUCGUGAUACCAAGCAUGUUACAUGUGACAUCUCAACCAGCCAUUCAAAAAAUAUUUAUGAUUUGUGUCAUAAUAGUAACCUCUGCACUUUCUGCAGUAUCCGCUCUCAUUUUUCCCAGCAACAAAAACCUCCAUCACAACUGUUGCUGCCAACUGUCAAUGACACACCUCUUUUGCAGUUGCUCUUUUUUGAGACCUUCUGGCCCUUUUUGUCUACUCUGGACGACACUCUCACAACUGGUCCAUACUUGGACUACCUGGUAUAA